UUAGGACGCCGCUAAAAUGGAACAUGGCGUCAUUCUGUCACGAGCGAAGGCACCAAUUUAAAUCUACUGGUAUGUCACGCAGUGGAGUAGAACCUCCUGUUCAGAGCCCGCUUCUCUCCUCCAGUUUCUGCUUCAGCCCGCGGUCAUGCGUUUGUGCGAAGGGCUGGUCAUCGGCCGUUUGGAAUGGCCUCCCCGAACCACUUCUGACUUCUGCUGGAUGUGCUGCGCCUGAGCCUUGGCUUCUUCCCGGCUGCAGCUCUGUCUUUGACAGCCUCGUCAGUAACGUCUCUCCGAUCCCGAUGUCUCCAGCAGCGAUCAGCCCGCGAGGGGGGGAAAGAUGUGCCAGCCACAAACCACGCAGGACGUCCAUCUUGGAGAGGUGCAUCCUAAAAGUGUCCUCCAGCAGUGUUGCUGUAGGGACAGACGAUCUGGACAAGAGGGCUUCUCUUGCUCGCUGCUACCCUCGCAUUCCAGACCCGAACACGGAGACCAACGCCGCGGUUCUCAAGCGCAGACGGAAGCAGAUCUUAUACGGCAAGAACACCAGUGGCUACCAGAACUACCUUCAGCAAGUCCCAAAACACUUAAGGGACCCCCAAAUCCACCCAACCACCCCCAACAAGUACAGGAAGUUCAGCAGACGCUCAUGGGACAUGCAAGUUCGUCUGUGGCGACGAUCGCUGCACCAGUGGGACCCGCCUUGCGAAACCCCAUCAGACACCUGCGACCUUGCGCUCGACCCUGUUGAACAACUGCAGAAACAGCUGGCCAAGAUGACCUCUGACCUGUGUGAUGAUGGAGAGAAGCGGAGAGAGAGGGAGACCAUUGCGGCCCCAAAGGCCUCUCUGUCUCCCCUGUCGGCUGACAUGUCGCCGGAGCUGCCUGGCACCUGGAACGUUCCGCUGUCACCGGAGCCCGAGAGGAGUCGCCGACCUCCUCGCUCUCCCCCUGGCCUCAGCUGCUCCCUCAGAAUUCAACUGACCAACCAGAACAUGGCCGACUGGCUGCACCUCCAGAUGGAGGGCGAGCAUACGGAAGAUUUUGGCGUAGACGAUCAACAGGUCCCGAUGGUUUCCGAUGAGUUCUUAUGGAAUCCCUACUGAUCUCUCGCUGCAGCUAGCCCUGAUAGGUCAUCUCGGAGCGAUCGUGUCUGGAUUUGAAUUUUGUAUGUCUUUCAGUGUACUUGGCUUUUUUAAAACACUGAGGACUUGAAAUGGUUACUGAGCUUCUUUGCUCUUCAGCCAAGCGGGAAUGGAUUUCUCUGCUAAUCUUGAAAGCUGUCGCGGUGUUUACAGACAAGGGUCAACUUAGCACUUUGACCCGAGCAUAUUUCUAUCAAUUGCACUCUUGUUAACUGCACUUGGUCACUUGUUCCCUGUAUACUGUACACAAAAGGUCCUAGUUUGUGUUUUGUCACUUUUUUUUUUUUUGUGCUGUCACUUUUUGGUCUUUAUAGAGGCUACUUUUUGUUGUCCACGUUCACGUCUGAUAUAGCUGCUUACAUUGUUUCCUUUUUUAUUUGUUACAUAUGUGCUGCUUUAAAUGCUGAAAGCAAAGCUGAAAUUAAU